AUGCUCAGUCGUCAAUUUGCACGCGCCGCUGCCGUCACUCCUCUUGCAGGCGUGCGAGCUCUGAGCUCGACUGCUAUCCUUAACGGUCGCACACCUUCACUGGGAGAUGUCAACCCUACACAUGCAGAGGUCGAUAAGUUCAGUCAGAAACAGAAGGAUUUCCGCGAUCACCUGGUCGAGGCACAGAAGAAGCGAGAAGCCAGUUCGUUGCCCUCUCACCCGCAGUCUGCUAACGUUCCUUUCAACGCGUCGGUCGAGGGCUCACAGAAUGACCAUGUAGGACGCUCUGAGGAGGUGAAGGAGCCUGAACCUUCCCGUAAGGCGGGCCCUUUGACGAAUCUCAUUUACGGUACCAAGGAGGGUCGUGAGCUCGAUGCUCAGCUCGAAGCAAGCUUCAGUCAAGUUCUUGCCCGUGGCAAGUACGUCCAUUCGAUCGUUCUUCACGAAGUCAAGCCUGAGAAGGUUGACGAAUAUGUCGAUCUCGUCGGGAAAUGGUAUCCCAAGAUGGCGAACGCCCCGGAGAACAAGGUGAAUUUGGUCGGAAGCUGGAGGACAGAAGUUGGCGAUUGUGAUACCUUCGUCCACAUCUGGGAAUACCAAAAAUACGAAGGUUACCAUCAAUCCCGAUACUCAAUUACUCACCAUCCCGAAUUUGCCGACUUUGAUAAUAAGCUAAAGGGCCUAAUCAACUCUAAGAAUGUCUCUCUUAUGCAAGAAUUCUCUUUCUGGCCAACGACCCCCCCACGGUCGCUCGGUGGCAUCUUUGAGUUGCGUUCUUACACGCUACAUCCCGGCAACCUGCUGGAGUGGGAGACACACUGGCGACGAGGUCUCAAGGCCCGCCGUGAGGUUAUGGAGGGUGUUGGCGCUUGGUUCGUUCAGAUCGGCGAUCUUAACACAGUCCACCAUCUGUGGCAGUUUGCCAAUCUUGAGGAGCGCCGAGGCCGUCGUGAACAGAGCUGGCAGGUCGAGGGCUGGAGCGACACAGUCCACAAGACAGUGCCUCUUAUCCAGAGCAUGAAGUCAAGGAUUCUCGUCCCAAUGCCUUGGUCUCCUGUUCGAUAA